CCAGCAUUAGCUACAGGCAAACCCUUUCUAGUGUAGACAAGACCUUAAUAUCUAUAACUUUCAGCCUGUCGUUUCUACUUUGUCUCUAAUGCGAGAAUCAAAAUCACUUGCGUGCAGGUCAGUGACUGUUAGAAUAACCCCUAGGUUUUGUCCCCUGUUUACUACACUGAGUAGAGUUAUUUAGUGCAGUGCUCUCGGUUUUCUCAGUGCUGCACAAGGUCCCUCCCUCAAGAAGUUUCCAAGCUGAAGCUCAAGUACUGCCAAUGCACGUUUGCAUGUGUGGGGUUAAGUUCAGUCACACUGCUCAGUCGCAAUAGCAUCUGCGGGGUUGGGACCUUAUCCUGAAAGCCUUUACCUGGUGCAAAUUGUCCCCGAACUUCAGUGGGCUUGUCGUUAUCGUUAAUUUUGACUGAUGUGCAUUCGCUCCAGCUGGGGGCCUUCCAGACACUUUGAAAGGGUGGCCUGUGCACUGUGACCCUGGCUCUUGAAGGUCAGAGCAGGAGAAGGGUCUCAAGGAACUGUUAUGAGGGCAAGUUAGGAGAAACAUAAGCGGUAGGAGGGAAAAGUAGCUGAGAAUGGGGUUAUGUAGAGGCUUAAAGGUGAGGACAGGUAGCUUGAACUUGAUAUGGAAGGCUAGAGGGAAAAUUGGGUGAGAUUCAGAGAGGAGUGAUGUGAUCAGAACAUUGUGGGAGGAAGGAAGGUGACUUUUGGCAGUAUUUUGUGUGGACGGGAUGGGGGAGCAAGGGGGAAAAGCAGGAAAACCAAAGAGGAGGAAAUCUCAGUAGCUAAGGACAGAUCCUUGAUGUGGCAGUUCCUAUGUAGGUGGGAUGAGGGCCUGGCUAGGGAACAAGGAGCAAGGGUGGAUUGUGAUUUCUGCAGUCACAAACUUUUUUCCAAAGUAAAAUAAAUAAAUUAAAGCUUUUAAAAAUGUGAAGUGCUGUAUGUGACCGUUUUCCUUCGUCCUUGAAUGAUGCAGAGAGAACCAAGGCAGAUAAACUUGUCUUUAGACGUAGUACAGGGGCCAUUUAAUUUUUGCAGGGAGAGUUUGAAUGUUAGAUAUGCCACGUAAUACAUUUUGACAGCUGAGAUUGCAUUAUUUUGCUUUUCCUUUUUUCCCCUUGAGUGAGUCUCUAACUCUCGGCGAGACAUUCUAUUAGGCAGACAAUGAAAGGAGACUAGAGAAGGAAUAACUGAAAUAAGAUAUGCAAAUGUCAUCUGUUGUUGAAACCAUAGUCAUAAAUUCGUGUCUGCAUCUGCUGCUUAAAUAUUGUUCUUUGCCUAUAAUCAGAUUAGGCCAUGAUUAUUAAUGGGACAAUUACUAUAGCUAGAAGCCGCAAACUGCAUCCUACGUGAAUUAUUAAGAAGUCUUUGUAAAACUUUGAUUCCUAUUCGUGUGACCUCAAUACAGUACAACACUUAACAGCUCUUGAAGUCAAUGGGACAUAAGCAUGUGCUUAAUUGCUUUGCUAAAUGAGAGCCUGACUAAAGUAGCAGCAUAUAGUGGUAGGAAAACGUAUAUAAUUUUACUUCAGUGUACAGUAUUGGUGCCUGAUCCAAAGCCCAUUAAAGUCAAUGGCAAUCUAUCUAAAACAGGUGAAAGGUAGCAUUUGAUCCUUAGUUAAGUUUUAUAUAAAGAAUUCGCUGGUUCUCAAUCACAAUCAGUCACUUGACAAAGAAGCUGACGAUCCUUAUUUUGCUGUAGCCCAGUGGUGUCAUGGAGACGCUGACUGAUCAGCCUGUGCUCGGUGUCCAGAAUUACUUGGAGCGGGCGGCACAGAAUCUCAGACCCGUCACUCCCAUCAAGUUCUACAUCUCCAGCCGAACGGACACCGGCGUCCAUGCCCUUUGCAACUCUGCUCACCUAGACGUCCAGAGAGCCGCCGGGAAGCCGCCUCUCCCUGAAAGCGUAAUUGUCUCCGCCCUCAAUUACCACUUGAAACCCGAACCAAUCCGCAUUCUGAGUGCCUAUCGGGUGUCUGAUAACUUCCACGCACGCUUCUCUGCACUGUCAAGAACCUAUGUUUAUCGGCUGGUGACAGGCUGCUCUCACCAUUCCCAAAUACCGGUGUUUGAGAGGGAUCUGUGCUGGGCUCCCAAGGGAGACCAUUUGAAUGUUCCUGCCAUGCAGGAAGCAGCGGGUUCCCUCCUAGGGACCCAUGACUUCAGCACCUUCCGCUCAGUCAGCUCUGAAAAGCCUUUCAAAUCUCCCAUUAAAACCCUGGCCCAGGCAGACAUCCGACCCUCUUCUGGCUUCAUGUCACAUCACUAUGAAUACAGGGGGCUGCAGUUCUGGGAGCUAGAAUUCAAGAGCAGAUCAUUCCUCUACAGGCAGGUACGAAGGAUGGCAGGGGCUCUGGUAGCAGUUGGCCAAGGCAGGCUGGCUCCUUAUCGCAUAAAGGAACUAUUAGAGAUCAGAGACCCGCUGGCUUAUCCACUAAACACCAUGGCUCCAGCAGCUGGACUCUUCCUGAAAUCUGUGGAGUACGACGAAGCUGACGUGGAGACAGAAGGUAACGCAGCAAAAUAGCGGCCCUGUGAGACGUGCAGCCGUGCCUGAAAGAACUCGGUUGGUGGGAGCCGUGUCGCGGAGAUUUCCGGAACUCGCUUUGUAUGCUGAUACGCAGCCGGGUCUCAAUAAACCCCAUUGAUUGUGGCUA